GCAGCAUGCACCAAGCGCUUUGGUUCAUGACGACGCUAUGGGCGAUCGCUGGCGCGGUGUGGAACGGCACGGAAGCAUCGAGUGGAUCACAUCCCUUUGUCGUUGGUUUGCGCGGGUCACCCACGUCCGAGUCACGAUGCGGGGGGUCCCUGAUUGCCCCGGCCGUGGUCUUGACAAGCGUCACAUGUGCAUGGGCGUCGUGGGUGUCUGUGGGGUCGCACUAUUCGUCAGGGGCAUCCGACGGCGAGCGCAUCCCCAUUGCCAGCAUGACGAUCCACCCGCGAUUCGACAGCACCACUCAAGUGUACAACUUCGCCUUGGCUCAUCUAAUGUACCCAAGCACGAUGCCAACAGUUCGCUUGUAUUGGCACGACAACGUCACCAGUGUUUCAACAGCCAAUACGACAUGGAUUCGAGGUUAUGCGUCGGGACCGCACGAGCUGUCGAAUGUCCUGCUGGAAACCCACGCGCGGAUCUUGUCGAAUGCCGAAUGCACCAACUAUUAUGGGCGAAGCGUCCAGGACUCGUGGUUGUGCGUCGAGGCGGACGUGCAUCCUGACGACAUUGGCGGCCCCGUGACCAUUCUCGACAAAUUUGGGAUGGAAUACCUGGUCGGUGUGAGCAGCUGGGGCAACGAGCGACGUGGACCUGGUGUAUACGCUCGCGUGGGCGCUGCCCGCGAUUUCAUCGAGCCGUUCCUCGUGCCUCAGUCAUCAAGGAAUGGCACGAACCGUACCCACAACGCCCUGGGCAGCGACGGCAACGACGAUGGCGAUAUGAUUGUCGCCCCUAAAUAAGUGUUUGUUGUGUCGACAUGUAGGUUGCGUUUUUCAUGGUGAUGUGAUCCAAGUUGCUGCAUGUAAUGGGUAAUGAAUCAUGAAGGGAAGAUGGAACUUGGACCAGCGCGUGGUCCCAGGCGAAUGCCGUUCCAACAUGCUUGAAUCAUUUACUUGCAUCCACCACUGGUUUUACUCGCGCCAUCG